UUUGUAUUUUUAUUUUGUCUUUUUCUAUAUUUAUGUUUUGUAUUUUUGUCUUUGUUCGUUUCCUUAAAUCUUUCUGUUCUCCUUUAUAUCCUCCCAAAUCUAGGUUUAUCACCUUCUCUCUAUAAAAUCUCCUCCACUUUUAGCCAACGCAAGGUUAUGGAGAACCGCUCCCUUCAAGAUGAGGAGCGCGCCAAUGCUAUCGAGGAGCAGCUUAAGGAGGCUCAAAGCUUGGCUGAGGAGGCUGAUCGUAAAUACGAUGAGGUUGCUCGCAAACUUGCAAUGGUUGAGGCAGAUUUGGAGCGUGCUGAGGAGCGUGCCGAGGCUGGAGAGAACAAAAUUGUCGAGCUCGAGGAGGAAUUGCGCGUUGUAGGAAACAACCUCAAAUCCUUGGAGCUUUCGGAAGAGAAGGCAAUGCAACGCGAGGAGGCCUAUGAGGAGCAAGUGCGCUCAAUGGAAGUUCGCCUUAAAGAGGUGUGUAUUUAUGGUACCUCCGUAAUUUAUCGUUCAUUAUAA